AUGGGAAACGACGGAGGCUCAAUUCCAAAACGGAUUGAACUUGUGAAGGAAAAAAAGAAAAAAGUUAAACCUGAUCAAAACGCAUUAACCAUAGCGACCUGGUUCUUUUGUGCAUUAUCAAAGCGUGUUUUAAGAGAGCCGAUCGUCGCGUGUCGUCUCGGAAAGCUGUAUAACAAAGAUGCAAUAAUAGAAUUUUUGCUUAAUAAAAGCGCGUAUGGCGACGGUGACAUCAUUUGUUCGCAUAUCUCUGGUCUGAAGGAUCUUACAACUUUAAAACUUACACCGAAUCCUGCUUUCAAAGAAACUUCGAAUGCAAAUACUGCACAUUUUGAACCUGGAAUAGUAUCGCCAUUCAUUUGUCCAAUCACCAGGAAAGAAAUGAAUGGUAAAUCGAAAUUCGUAUAUAUUGAGAAAUGUGGUUGCGUUUUCUCAGAACAGGGAUUAAAGGAAGUGCCUAGUUCUAAUUGUUUACAGUGUGCUAAACCUUUUACUCCGGAGAAUAUUAUUACAAUUAAUCCUUCCGCAGAAGAACAAGAAAGCUUGAAGGGAGCUUUACUGGAAAAGAAAAUAAGAGCCAAAGAAAAGAAAGACAAAAAGAAACAAAAGGCAUCAACUUCCACUGAUGAACAAGUAGUAAAGCAUGAAUCUUCAAAUGCUCUUGGCACAUCUACUACUUUGACUGAUACAGUUAAAUCACCGGAAAAUAACCAGAUUAUUCAUGAUAACAAACGCAAACUUUCUGACGAGGAUGUUUCUGAGCUAGGAAAUUCAAAGAGAAUAGCCGUUGAAAAACCAAAGGCUAGCACUACUACUGCUAAUGUGGUUAGUGGAAGUUCUGCUGCCGCUGCGGUCAAUAAAAAAGUAAAAGAACAAUUGGCAAAUUCACCGACAAAAGCAAAACAAUCCAAAGCCAUUCAAUCGAUUUAUUCAAAGAAAAGUGAUAGCGGUGUGUCUGAUAGUUAUUUGGUGAAAGCAAAAUGUCGUAGUAAACGAAACGACAUUUCCGCAAAUAUCCGAAGUGCCUCUUUUCUAUAUUUGGAGAAGAGCAUCUGGAAAGAUUUUGGCUGGAAAAAUUAUUUUCCCAAUCUUCCUUUCGAAUCAGAAGGCAUCCUUUAUCUCCAAAAUAAUAUCGGUAUCUUCGAUCGAUUUGAUGUUCCAGGGAAACAAAAGGUCGUUUACCACACGAGAUAUUGA